CUUGAAUGACGUCUAGCAGUUCUAUGUGUGGCCCGGUACUCCGUACAUUACUUUGGAUCAGGACUUUAUGCUUCCCACUGUACGUAAGUGCUCAUCACCUUUCACACACUCUGCUUCACAACCCCUCGAUCUUUUUUGCCCCCCCUUCCCCAUCCUUCACGAUCCAAUCCCCAAGCUUCCCUCCAGCUUCCCCCCGUUCUCCACCACUCAUCUCUCCCCAAGCUGCACAUCUUCGCCAAACUUAGCCCGCGAUGCCCGCCGCCGGCAAACACGCAUGCAUUAAACCUGCUGCGCGAGAGAGCGCCACACGCAGCCAAGUGCUCACGCCAUGGACAUGGUUUCGCUUCGAAAGCCUGUCACAGUCCGUAUGCGUCCCCCCUCUUCAGUUCAGGACCCCAGAGAGUUGUGUCAUCAUGCAUUCCCUCACUUCGGCCCGAGUCACGUGACUACUCAAUACCCAGAAUCAACGACACCUCGGCCAAUGAGACUCUGUACACCAGUUGAGCAUUACUCGUCGCGCAAUUUCUAUAUAUUGUUGCUUAAACCUCCAUUAUCUUGGUACGCUCGUAAUACUCUCCAUAAUCUAGGUUUCCCUCUUCAUCCCAUCAUUCCUACCACUGGAGAAGAUGGAACAUCAAAGGGAAAGGCAGUGCUAUCAGAGGAAGAUCCUGUGCGAAUGGAAAUCCUCAUCCCGUCUGUAGUCUCAAG